AAGGUGGAGCUAAACUCUAACAGAAAUGACAGAAGUUCCAAAUUUAAAUUCACACCUUGAAUAUUUAAGGUGGAACUACACUGAUUGCAUGAAUAUAACUGCAAUAGUUAAGGUGGAAUUACACUGAUGGAUUAUAACUGCAACAUUUAAGGUGGAACUACUCUGAUUGUAUGAAUCUUGCAUCCGUAUUUAAGAUAGAACAAAAUUUCGAAAUAAGCUACAACCACCUGUAAAUAACUACUUUAUUUUUUAAGGUGGAAUGGAAUAGUGAGGAACAUUUUCAAGAACUUUUCAAGAAAGUAUCCUCAAGAGCAUUCGCCGCAAAAGCCAUCAAAAACGUUAUAAUGAUGGAACUGGCACUCAUCAGGACUGCUCUAGGAAAGGAUAGAAGAGCAAGAGUUUGUAUCAGGGUUAUCAGCCUCAGAAACCAGCUUAAAGUCAACAGCUUCCCAGAUAAGAGCUCCUAAAUGCUUUUUUUUAAUAAAAUUUAUCCAUUAUGUUCUAUUUUACAGAGCUACUUUAAUCAGAGGUGAUGAGCAUCAUUUAUCUGACAUCAAAGGAAAUGCAGCACCCCCCUCGAUCAAUACCCACAGUGUGGUGUGCCCCCGCCAUUCGAUACGGCCAGUAUGAACUCCCAGUCCGUCACGUUUCCAGCCAUCCUCUCCCGGUCACUCGUACCCAGGCCCCGGGCGGCUGAGCGCUCCCCCGGUGCGAGGGCAGGGCGGGGGUGAGGGGUACUGGUGGUUAACUGGUUUACAGUACCGCACUGGUCAGUCUCUGGGUUCUGGUGCUGCUGUGCUCCAGCCCAGUCUCAGAUCUCCACCAUCACCGAGUUCAUGCUCCUCCGCACUCUUCCUUAAGAAUGGAUCAUGACCAUCACAGCAGCAGCAGGAGGAGCGGCCACAGCCGACACUGCGAGGAUGAUGAUGAUAAUCAGUCCAUUUAUAUCGGGGUUCCCGUGCCGAGGGGCUACAGGCGGAAGCGGCGACGCCACAGGCACACAUCACGCCACGACCACAACCACGGCCGCGACAAACACUACGACCGCCACGAGCACCACGCCCACGACGAGCAGUCCGAUCCCGACGACGCCGGGCAGGACUCCACCGAGCAGCUCUCAGACAUCAACUCCACCUUGUCUCCUGCUGCAGAGAGACUGCGCUCCAUCCUGGGGGAGGAUGAUGACCCCACCCCCACCCUCUUCACUGAGAUGGACACACUGCAGCAUGAGGGCGGAGAGCUGGAGUGGAAGGAAUCGGCCAGGUGGGUGAAGUUUGAGGAGAAGGUGGAGGAGGGUGGAGAGAGGUGGAGUAAACCCCACGUCUCCACACUGUCUCUGCACAGUCUGUUUGAGCUGAGGACCUGUUUACAGACCGGCACCGUCCUGCUGGACCUGGAGGGCUACUCUCUGCCCCAGAUAGUCGAUGAUGUGGUGGAUAAGCAGGCGCAGGACGGGCUGAUAGCUCCGGAGCUGAAGGAGAAGAUCAGUUUUGUUCUGCUGAGGAAACAUCGCCACCAGACCAAGAAACCCAUCCAUCGCUCUCUGGCCGACAUCGGGAAGCCCGGCCCUUCUACUAAAGACCGCAGUCCGAGCCGCAGCCCGAGCUGUGCGUCCGGCCUGCACCGCUCCACCGAGGACCUGCGAGCUCGCCAUAGCGGUAGCCUCGGAAAACUUCAUCCCUCCCAGUGUCGGAGUAUGAACGACAUCUCAGUUACUCCCAGCAGUGACCAGCUGAAGAAUAAGUUCAUGAAGAAGAUUCCCCGCGAUGCCGAGGCGUCCAACGUCCUGAUCGGAGAGGUGGACUUCCUGGAGAAGCCGGUCGUGGCUUUUGUCCGUCUCGCUCAGGCCACGACGUUAGGAGGCCUGACCGAAGUCCCCGUCCCCACCAGGUUUCUCUUCGUGCUGCUCGGUCCUCAGGGGAAAGCCAAGUCCUACAAUGAGAUUGGACGAGCCAUGGCCACACUCAUGGUGGAUGAUCUGUUCAGUGACGUGGCGUAUAAGGCCAGAGAUCGGGAGGACCUGAUUGCAGGGAUCGAUGAGUUUCUGGACGAGGUGAUCGUGCUCCCACCGGGGGAGUGGGACCCAAAGAUCCGUAUAGAACCACCGAAGAAGGUUCCCUCAGCAGAUAUGAGGAAGUCUGUUUACUCACUGAACGAGUUGGGCCAGGCGAACGGAACGGCGGGAGGAGGAGGAGCGGUUGCUGAUGAUGAACAGAUGCCGGCUCCUCAUGAGUUAGGGGAGGAGCUGACCUUCACCGGGAGGUUUUGUGGAGGUCUUUGGCUGGAUAUUAAAAGGAAGAUUCCGUGGUUGCUGAGUGAUUUCUAUGACGGCUUUCACAUCCAGUCUAUCUCCGCUGUUCUCUUCAUCUAUCUGGGGUGCAUCACUAAUGCCAUCACUUUCGGAGGACUGUUAGGAGACGCCACUGAUAACUACCAGGGGGUGAUGGAGAGCUUCCUCGGUACGGCUCUGGCUGGAACGGUGUUCUGUCUGCUCGGUGGUCAGCCCCUCAUCAUCCUGAGCUCCACUGGACCCAUACUGGUGUUUGAAAAGCUGCUGUAUGAGUUCAGCAAGAACAACAACAUCGACUACCUGGAGCUGCGUCUGUGGAUCGGGCUGCACUCCUGCCUGCAGUGUCUGAUCCUGGUGGUGUCGGACGCCAGCUUCAUCAUCAAGUACAUGACCCGCUUCACCGAGGAGGGCUUCUCCAGCCUCAUCUCCUUCAUCUUCAUCUCCGACGCCAUCAAGAAGAUGGUGUCGUCCUUCCAGUACUACCCCAUCAACAUGAACUACAAGCCCGAUUACAUCACCACCUACAAGUGUGAAUGCCUGGCUGCUGACCAAGUUUCUCCAAUGAUUUUCAAUUCUUCAGCUCAACUUCCCCAAGACAACCUCACUGAUUACUCACUGUAUAAUUUCACAGGUCUGGACUGGUCUCAGCUCAGUAAGAAGGAGUGUCUGAAGCUCGGCGGGUCUCUGGUGGGAAAAUCCUGUAAAUACGUUCCUGAUCUGGCUCUCCUGUCCUUCAUCCUGUUCUUCGGCACGUACUCCAUGACCAUCUCGCUCAAGAAGUUCAAGUCCAGCCGCUACUUCCCCACCAAGCUUCGGAAACUCAUCAGUGAUUUUUCCAUCUUCACGUCAAUCAUGACAUUUGUUGGUCUUGAUAUGUUAAUGGGGCUCGAAACACCUAAACUUAUUGUGCCGACAGAGUUUAAGCCGACCCGGCUGGACCGUGCCUGGGUGGUGAUGCCGGUUGGGAAGAACCCGUGGUGGAUGUACGUGGCCAGCUUUGUUCCUGCUCUCCUCGUCACCAUCCUGAUCUUUAUGGAUCAGCAGAUCAGCGCCGUCAUCGUCAACCGCAACGAGAACAAACUCAAGAAAGGCUGUGGGUAUCAUCUGGACCUGUUCUGGGUGGGCAUCCUGAUGGCGGUGUGUUCGUUUCUGGGUCUGCCCUGGUACGUCGCCGCCACCGUCAUCUCCAUCGCCCACAUCGACUCUCUGAAGAUGGAGAGCGAGUCCAGCGCCCCCGGAGAGCAGCCCCAGUUCCUCGGGGUCCGGGAGCAGAGGCUGACGGGUAUUCUGGUGUUUGUUCUCACUGGACUCUCCAUUUUUCUGGCUCCUGUACUGCAGUUCAUCCCCAUGCCUGUUCUCUACGGUGUGUUUCUGUACAUGGGCGUCGCCUCUCUCAACGGCAUUCAGUUCUGGGAGAGGAUUAAGCUGUUUCUGAUGCCGGCUAAACACCAGCCGGACUUCGUAUUCCUGCGGCACGUCCCGCUGCGCCGCGUCCACCUCUUCACCGUGGUGCAGAUCACCUGCCUGGCCGUGCUCUGGAUCCUCAAAUCCACUGUAGCCGCCAUCAUCUUCCCCGUCAUGAUCCUGGGUCUGAUGGUGGUGAGGAAGAUGCUGGACCUGGUCUUCUCUCAGCAUGACCUGGCCUGGCUGGACGACAUCCUCCCCGACAAAGACAAGAAGAAGAAGGAGGACGAGAAGAAGAAGAAAGAGAAGAAGAAAGCCAAGAGUGGAGAUCACGACAGCGAUGAGGAGAAUAAUCACUGUUUUUCCAUCCGAACCCCCAUGGAGUCCGACUCAGACUACAGCAUCCCUCACCACCUGAAGACCUCCUGUCCUCCCUCUUCAGUUCAUCACCCCGCCCUCCGAGCGUACGACUUCGGCGUUCAGAUGGAGCCUCGGUAUGAAGAGCCUGGAUUUUACCACCAUCGCUUCUGUUCCACCGGCAGCGAGACCAUGCUGUAGAGUAAAAAAUACAAAAUACAUAUUUAAACUGCAGUUCUGAGCUCUUCAAACCAGAACCUUUAAUACAGAACACCUUUAACCAAAGAUAAAAGAGGUUCAUCCAGGUCCAGAAGCUUCUUCCCACGUUCUGAACCUGGAUUAACCCUUUGCGUUUGGGUCAGGGUUAAAGAUGUAGAGUACAGACACACAGCAGAGAGAGAGACAGGAGGUAACACAGACACCAGAGCGUCCCUCUCCACUCCACCGUCCACAGGAGGAGCGACAGCACCAGCAUCUCAGUUUACUCACAAUUCCCUGUGUCUGGAUCUGAAGCCAAAACGUGGAGGAGCGUUCUGCAGCAUGACGUCCACGAGUGAACUGAUUUUAUAAAUAACAGCGUUCUGUCAGUAGCCUCUAAAACAUACAUAUAAUAUAAUAUAAUAUAAUAUAACAGCCUCUUAUAAAAGCACAACCUCAGUCCUCUAUGGUAUUUUCUUUUAAUAAAAGCUGAAAAUAAUAUAUAUAAAUAAUAACAACAAUAUCCUUCUCUAAUAAUUACCUUUUGAAUAAACAUCCAAAUACUUAGUUGAAUAUUGAUUUAAAAUCUGCAUUUCUAUGUUUGUUUGCAUGAUGUUGACCUGCUGUAUCACACGACUAGCACCGUUUCCUACAGGGGUGUAGAUACUGUGGGAGGAGUUGUGUACAGUAUGCUUAUACAGGAUUGUGUGUUUGUGUGAAUAUGUGUGAAAUUAAUUUGUAAAGACAUGUAAUGCACUCUAGAAAUAAAGAUAUUUUAACCAUUAAAA